GUCAAAUAAUAAUUGAAUUAAUAUAAAUUUUGCACUCAGUUACAAUUCAUUUCGGCCUUUUCUUAAUUAUUUUAUAUUUAUAUGCAGGUCUACAGCAUUUCAAAAGAUAUUUAUGAUAUAGGCCAAUAAUAAAGAAAUCCUGUUAUUCAUGGUCAAGUACAAGUCGCCAUGAAAAUACUUAUAUGCAAAUUAAUUCUAUUACGUAGGCGGUAAGUAUAUAAGCGCUACAAGACAGUAUUUCGGCAAUUAUCGAUUUGCCUUCCACGUGGUUCGUUGUUUUUCCGAGUCAUGGGAAAUAGGAAUGCUAUCGCAGUCUGUAUUUUGUCCUUCGUUUUUCUUCUUGAAGUAUUUGCCGAGACUACGAGACUUCAUGUGGAUAGACGUCAAAAUGAAGGCGUAGUAAUCAUACCACCAAACUGUGACAGAGUUUUGGAAAGCGAAACGGGAUGCAUUACCUCUCCAAAUUGGCCCAGGAAAUCUGUUGAUUUUAACGAAUGUAAAAUGGAGGUUAAGUUACAAGUAGAUAAAAGAAUUCUGCUCACUUUCAACAAUUUUACACUCGAAGGGACAGAUGUUUGUGACGAAAAUAAUUAUGUACUGGUAUCUAACGGUAAAAGCAGCCGACAAGACGUAUAUUGUGGAACAUUUCAUCCAUUUACUUGGUUAACAGACUCUAAUGAAGUAUGGGUGACAAUGAACGCUCUCACCAGUAAAGUCUUUAACAGAUACAAUGCUACAUACCGUACCGUUGACAAGGCACCAAAAAAUGCCUGUAGCAGAGUACUUGUAGAAGAGAUUGGAGUAUACAGUAGCUCAGAUAUGUCGGACUUUCCUUAUGAGUCAUCGCAUUUUGGCAAUACGAUACCAAAUGGUGAUACCUGCGAAGUUGUAAUCCAUGCACGCCCAGAUGAACGGGUUUCAAUCUCAUUUAGGCAACUCGCAAUUCCAAAUUGUCAGAACCCGUUAAAGAUUAAAGAUUUGCUCACAGAUCGGACAAAAAAUAUAUGCGGAGAGCACGAAUCUGUAUCUUUUACAUCUGAUGCUAACGAAGUCGUUAUAACUUAUGACAAGACUGAUUUGAGAAACGUAGUGGAAUUUGAUUACGAGUUUAUUACACGCCCACUCGACGAAAGCUGUAGUAAACUAGUACUGGGUCUUCCUGAAAAUGGCCUCGUAGUAACGACACCAAAUUUUCCACAUCCAUAUCCUAGUAACCUUGAAUGUCAAUACAUCUUUCAUACAUCAUUUGAUAAAGUGAUCUCAUUAAAUGUCUCCGAAUUUAUUUUGCAACCGCCAAAAAAGACGCAUCAUGGAGAAAUUUGUUUGGAUGAUUACAUACAGAUCCGAGACCUUUCAACGAACCAGAUUUCCCAACUUUGCGGCAGUUAUCACAACUUUUCCUGGACGUCCCAUAGUAACGAAGUGCUAUUGACGAUAAAAACAGACAACCUACUUGAUUACACGGGCAUUAAACUUGUUGCAAAGUCUAUAAUUAGACUCCCAGAUCCAGAUUGUAUGACCAUAACCAGACAUGGAGAUUCAUUCGUUUUGACAUCUUUGAAGUUUCCUUCAAACUAUCCAUCGGGAGCAUCAUGUACGCUUUUAUUUCAAGAACUACCAGAUAAAUAUGUAAUUUUUGACUUCGAAAAAUUUGACCUAGAAGAUACACAGGGAUGCGAGGGGGAUUAUGUGCAGUUCAUAAGUUCCACUUCAGGAUCCCUUUCUGACAAACUAUGUGGAAAAAAGGAACCGUUUACGUUGACAUCAGAUUCAAAUGAGGUAUCGAUUGAAUUCAAAACUGAUGCUAGAAACCAAAAAUCUGGAUUUAAAGCAAUUUGUUCAAUAAUCAACAGACCAACAAGAACACCCGAAAACACAGAAUGUAGUACGAAUCUGCACCAGAAAUCUGGACGCAUCCAACUGCCUGUAAAUCCGGAUUGGCCACCUGUCCGUGGAUCGGAUUGUCUGAUCGUUAUUCACGCAGAUCCGGACGAGAGAAUUAGACUGAAAUUUGUCAGCUUCGUGGUUUCCGACCAAGACUCUGAUAAGGAUUUCGUAGAGAUUCACGAUAUAUCAUUGAAAGGAGAAACUAACAAGGCAACAUACACCGGACAUUUGAAUCCAUUCUCUUGGACGAGCAUCCGGAAUGAGCUAGCGAUAUAUGUUCGUGAUGAACAUGAGAUUUCCUCGGUUUCCUUCAUUGCCGAUUAUGAAACAUUACCAAGAUCUGAAGAUGGCUGUGAAAAACUGUUUACAAAGAGAUCGGGAACGAUUGAAUGGCCGUUUAACGGUGAAAGUAAAGCCAGUCAUUGCGAUGUACUUAUUCGCAGCGAUCCAAAUGAACAAAUUCUGUUUACGUUCCAUAAAUUUACCAUGGAAAAGGGACUUUGUCCUGAGCAUUCAAUGACCAUACAAGACGUAUCAACACAACGUCAAGACAAAUUUUGUUCAACCACAUGGCUGUUCUCCUGGUUAAGCGAAUCCAACGAAGUUAGCAUAGACUUCCGACGAAAUCCGAAGGUAUUCGCUGAAGUCAGUGCAACCUACCGCUUCAUUCCACGCCCUAAACUAUCAGCUUUCAAUCAAUUCCUAACUUCACCAGAGGGAAUAAUUUCAUCUCUUGAACACAAUCGAGAUGAAAUUAUUGGAAAGAACUGCACAGUAUACAUUCAAACAACUCCAGAGCAUAGUGUUGUGGUUUCGUUAACAGACUUUCUAAUUGGGGAAAAGCAAGACAAGAAUCGUCAGUCAAUCACGUGUACGGGGGAGAAAUUUUUGGAGGUGAAGGAUUUGACCACUGGUCGCACUAAUGUUUAUUGCGGUGAAUUUGAUUUGUUUACUUGGACAUCUGAUCAGAACCUUGUUGCCAUCACUUUCCACAUUAGCAUUUACCCAACCUAUAAUGUAUUCAGAUCUACAUACAAGUCAAUUCCACGUAUUGCAGGGUGUGAUCAUCGUGUUAUAAAACCGACGGGAACUAUUACAUCAUCGAAUUUUCCACUUCCAUAUUCCGCCAACAGUGAAUGCCGCCAUAUUGUGCACUCAGAACCUGGAAAUCUUGUAACACUCAAUUUCACAAAUUUUGAUGUACAACCCUGUGGCAACGACUACGUUGAGUUGAUAGACAUGGGCAGUGGACGCGUCGAAACACUUUGCGGAUCGUAUCCGCUUUUUUCUUGGACAUCGGAUACAAAUGAAGUUUCGAUAAGACUACACGGCCGUCAGAAGUCCAUCGGUGCAAGUGGGUUUAGAACAACAUACCAACACGUACAACGCCCUCUUGUCAGUGAAUGUUACGUGCGACUAAACGACUCGCAAAAUACACAGUUUACAUUGCCAAAGUUCGUUGUGAAGGAUGCUGAACAUGUUGAAUGCCAAUUCUACAUUAAAACUAAACCCUCAGAGAGAAUUCAAUUAACCGUCGAAGACAUAGAUGAAGUGUUCAAUUGUUCGGACAGUGGUCUUGAGGUAACAGACGUAGCAACUACAAGAACAAACAAGUACUGCGCUAUAUCGCACUCAUUUUCCUGGACAGCUGAUACAAAUGAGCUGAAACUACGUGUAUUUGCCAGCAAGGAUCAACUGCCACAGCUAUUAGCAAAAUGGAAACCAAUUGUCCGAGUUGGAAUUCUAGGUGUUUGGGAUGCUGAAAGCGCCGAGGUUGUCUUAGAUGGAACAGACACUUAUCAACUUAUCAUUCGUACUCUUCCAAAUUAUCGUCUGGUCGUUAAUUACCUUCAUGAACACGCCGACAACCAUGAUUGCGACGCCGAAAGAAUCACCAUCACCGAUUCAACCACACUACGUACAUACACCGACUGUGACUUCUUCAAUGGGAUUAUGUCAUGGGUGUCUGACGGCAAUGAGGCGACCAUAGAUAUCAAACAGGAUGACCACACUUCUAAGAUACAUUACAUCUCGGUUUUGAAAGCACCGCCUUCAGAAUGCAACAAAGUGUUGGUGACGAAUUCUAACUUAGAUGUUAAUUCAAACUUGGAAACGUCGCAUUACCCAGAUAUGUAUGACAACAACGAUGAUUGCGAUAUGGUCAUUCAAACCAGGUCGGAUUCCCGCAUCCAAAUCGUCUUUGAAAAAUUCUGGCUGGAACAAGAAAACUCUAUGGGAUGCCACAAUGAUUUCUUAAACAUGACAGAUACAUCGGUUGGAUUUCAAUAUGAUCACUCGGAACGCAUCUGUAAUCGUCACGAACCAUUUUCUUGGACAUCCGAAGGGAAUUCUUUAUUAUUGCGAUUUCAUACAGAUAGCAGCAUUGCCCACACUGGUUAUCUGGCAAAAUACAAUAUUCUAGAGAGGCCGAUUCCAUCAACUCACUGCAAUCAAACUUACCUAGGUGCCAACGGUCUCAUCCAAUCACCAAAUGUAGCAGAAAGACUUCCACAGUACCAAAAUAAUCAGCUUUGCUUGUACUUUCUCAAAGGAAAAGUAGGCGAGAAAAUAGUUAUAGACUUUAAAUUUUUUGAUGUGGAAUUGCAAACCCCGUGUGAACGCGACUAUCUGAAGAUUGAGGACAUUGCUACGGGAAAGACAAACAUUAUUUGUGGCCAACAUGAGAACUUGAUAUGGGAAUCCGAAAGUAAUGAGGUCAACAUCACUUUUGUAACAGACGGAAGUCGUGUUUUUAACGGCUUUGAUGCAUCUUAUAAAAUGGAAAAUUUAACCCGAACAUCGUACUGCGACGUCACACUUCUGGAGACCACUGGUACAUUCAAUUCGCCAAGUUACCCAGCCAAAUAUGCUAAUGAUCUUGACUGCACAUACACUAUUAUUGCGGAUCCUCACCACACCAUUGAAGUAAAAUUCGAAUACUUCGAUGUUGAGGCUAGUCCGCACUGUACAAAUGAUUACGUUGAGCUAUCAAGCUCUGGAGAAGGAACCAGCCAACACUUUUGUGAUAGGAAAGGGGUAUUUAAAUGGAACUCUACGACCAAUCGUGCAGUCAUCAGGUUGCAUACCGAUCACAUUGUCACAAAAACUGGAUUCCUCGCAACAUAUAAAACUCGCCUCAUAUUGAAUGAUGUCGCUCAAUGCUCAGAAGAUUUAAAAGGACCAUAUGGAAUGUUUGAGACGCCAGAUUACCCUUCUAGUUACGGAAAUAAUUUAGAUUGCUCUUACUCAAUCACCGUUAAUCCACUAAAAGUUGUGAGGGUUGAUUUUCUGGAUUUUGAACUAGAAGAGCCGCGAUUUAACUACUGUUCUGAUUUUGUAAAGCUGCCGUACAACUCGAAUGAUGAGGUUACGCUAUGUGGCCAACUAGACCAACAUGUUUACGUCUUAAACGAUCACAAAGUAGUCGUCCACUUCCAUUCAGAUGGCAGCAACACGUAUCGUGGGUUUAAAGCUUAUUACACGGAGAUAGAUCCACCACCAGAGAGUCCAUCAAUAGUUACUCCAACGCAACCACCAUUCUGCAACCUCGAAGCUGGUAAAUUAACUGAACACUACGGGGUGAUACAUAGUCCAAACUUUCCCUUGUACUAUCCAGAUAACGAGUUAUGCCGAACGAAUAUAGAGACGAAGAAAAACACCCAUAUUGUAAUUACAAUUCGUUUCAUGGACAUCGAAAACUAUCAACUUUGUGAAUGGGAUUCACUUCAGAUUUUCGAUGAAGUGUCCGGUCGUAGCAGUGAAAAACUUUGUGGGUCCCUUGAUGCUCCUUUCAUUUGGGAAUCUGACAGCAACCGCGUGAAAUUGGUGUUCAGAAGUGACGAUAUUCUAGCCCGAACUGGGUACUACGGAACCUAUCAAGCUAUAGAAAAUUCUGAAACUCCUCCCGUAGGCAUCGAUAAGAAUAAACCUGAAAAAGUGCCGGAAAAAUUGCCGGAAAAAUUGCCUCAAAAACCGCCUCAAAAACCACCUCAAAAACCACCUCAAAAACCACCUCAUAAACCACCUCAUAAACCACCUCAAAAACCACCUCCAAAAUUAAGCGAUCAAGAGUUGGACAAUAACAAUUUAGGAGACACUCAUUUAGGGAAUGGUGGAUAUUAUGAAGGGCCAUUUGGAGGUUUUGGUGGAUUUGGAGGCAGAUAAUUGUAUUCCGAAGUAAAUAAUCUAUAUUAUUUAUGCAAAAUAAAAAAUAUAUAUACAAGAGUAA